AUGCUCCUUGGUCAGUCCGCGAGCACGCCCCGGGUCUUCGCCAACAUCUUGAAGAGAGCCAUGUCGACAACACCGUUUCCCAGGGCCGUCAAGGCCUCAUUCUGGCGUGGCGGCACUUCCAAAGGCGUCUUUUUCAACAUUUCCGAUCUGCCGAAAUGGUUCCAGUCGGCCCUGUCAACAGGGAAGCAGCCCGAGGCGGCAACUUUUACGAGGAUGGAGGAAUUUUUUGCAGCGGUUCUGGGAUCUCCUGAUCCGUAUGGCAGGCAGCUAAAUGGCAUGGGAGGUGGCAUUUCUUCAUUAAGCAAAGCCAUGGUUGUCGGUCCGUCGUCGCAGCCAGAUGCCGACAUUGACUAUACCUUCUUCCAGAUAGGCGUCAAGGACGGUAAGCUGGACAUGGCUGGUAACUGCGGCAAUCUGACCUCGGUGGUUGGUCCUUUCGCGUUCAACUCCGGAAUCUACCAGAAAGAACCCGUACAGGAUGAUCAAGGGACUUCAGAAGGGGAGGCCGCGACCCUAACUUUGAGAAUGAGAAACAUGAAUACAGCUAAAAUCAUCGAAUCUACGUUUCAAGCAACCACGUACGACGGCAGAUGGGAAUAUCAAGAGCUGGGCAAGUGCAGCAUCGACGGGGUUCCUGGGACAGGUUCCACGAUCACGCUCUCAUUCCUUCAGCCACAAGGUGCAAAGACUGGCAAGGCCUUACCCACCGGCAAGCCAGUUGACCAUAUCGAAAUCGGAGACCAGACCGUCCGAGCAUCGCUGAUCGAUGUCAGCAAUCCAGGAGUGUUCGUCGACGGCAGAGACAUUGGGUGGAAGGCGGAUGCGACCUCAGACCAACUGAAUGCCAAUCAAGAGCUUCUCGAGAAGCUAGAGGCCAUCCGGAAACGGGGCACCGAGAUGAUGGGCUUAGACCCGAACAUCAGCAGCAUACCCAAGAUCGUUUUGCUGUUCCCUGCUAGAAGCGACGGCUUGGAUAUUUCGUGCCAGGCUCUUUCAAUGGAACAGGCCCACAAGGCGGUUCCCGUCACACUGGCUCUGAAUCUCGGAGUUGCAUGCAAGAUGGAGGGAACACUCCCGCAUGCACUGUCGAAGCACCUCCAUCACUCAAACACCAUUAUCGGCCAUCCAUCGGGCAUUCUGGAGGUUGGUGCAGCCAUGGAGGAUGGGAAGAUUGUUGGUGCGAAACUGAUCAGGACCGCCCGGUGCCAUAUGGAGGGCUAUGUGAAUACUCUGCGAUCCGGAUAUGACGGCCUUGAUUACUGA